UCAACAUUUAUUCUUCGUUGUGUUUUUCGGGACUGACAUCAAACAAGCUCCACACAGCGGCCAUGGCAUCGUCUUUGGAGCAGUGCAGGUUUUUAGAAUGUUUGAAAAGGAAGCGUGUUAAAAUAACCCUGCUCGAUACACAAGUAAUGGGCGUUAUACACCGGAUCAAUCUGAACAAGACGGUGAUUUUAGAGGACGUAUACGAAGUACAAAGCGGGAAGAAAUUUCCAGGUGUCAAACUCUUUUUUGGACACGACAUCGUUAAAGUUGAAUUUCCAUUCUCUGGGAAUCAUGACAAUAUGUCUGGUGUUGAUGAAGCCCACAAGUCAAAAUUUCAGACUUGCCGAAACAGGACCAUGCUGGAUCACAAUGUACAUGAUGACACCGUCAAUUAUGUGGUGAUAGAUGAGCUUCAGGAACAGUUUGGCCCAGCGGUUACACACAUCCAAGAACAAAAAGUGAUCGGAAUUGGAGCUGACUGUUUUGAGCAAGAGAGGCUUUGUUGGUUUAAGGUUGCCACUAAGAACAUAGUGUACCUCUUUGAUAUCCUUUUGCUUGGUGGAAGAGCUUUUAGGAACGGACUGUGCAUGAUUCUGGAAAAUCAAUACAUACUAAAGGUCACGCAUGACUGCCGGUGCAUUGCCAGAUGCCUAAGAGCUCGGUUUGGAGUGAGCCUUACUAAUGUGUUUGAUACACAGGUAGCUGAUAUAAUGCUUUUCAACAAGGACACAGGAGGCUUCCUACCAGACAGGGUCAGCACUCUGCAAGAAGUUGUCAGACUACACCUAAAAGUGCCCACAAGUGAAAUGUUUCCUUUCUGGGCCCAAGAACAGUGCACUAAGGAGAACCCAGAGGUCUGGUAUAUACGUCCUUGUCCACCUGCCCUGUUGACCGUCAUGGCUGUUUCAGUCAUUCACCUGCUUCCACUGCGACUAGUUUUAUUGGAUGCUCUCAUGUCAGACUACACGAACCUCGUAGAUUCCUACAUGGGCAGCUACCAAAACCAAUCUGUUAACCUGCUCCAUUUUGACAGGCAGAAUGGAAAUGAACUCCCCAAAGAAGCCAGAGAAUUGGAGGCAGUGAGGCAGAAACGAUUGAAAUGGGCUACUCAUUGCUACAUUGUUUCUGAUGAUGGCCUCCUGGAACGCUCAAGCUUUAAGCCCUCCCUUCACUCAUAG